AUUGUGCUGAAGUAUUUCUGAAAUCAUGCCAUACUGGUUGCCAAUGAAAGGAUACUAAAUAUGCUGUUGGAAUCAAUCUUUCUAAUAUAAAGUAUUUUAAACAUGUUUCACCUCAGCAGCUGUGGCAGUAACUGUUGCAUCAAAAGUGAAAAAAACAAUCCCAAGCUUAUUUAUUGUGAUUAAAUGCUAGUAUUUUAGCAAUUAUUUUUUUUACAUUCAGUUUACGACGUGUCAUAACGUUUACGACGUGUUGGAGCGAGGCUGGUAGUUCUUUAUGGCUGUCUUUCCUUUUGGGGAAGAAAAAACUACAGAAGUGGCACAACUGCAAAAAUACCUCAUCACUGACAAAGAAUCUGUGUGCAAGAGAACUAAUGUUUAUGUGGUUGUUUAACACCCCUCUUAGAAUAUGGUAGAAUAAGCUGAUGUUGUAGCAUUACUUCCAUUCAUCUAGUGUGACGAGGAUGUGAACACUCCUAAUGAACAACGAGACAAACUAUUCACUCCAUGAAUCCAGCCCUGGCCGAUUGCACCUCCACCCGGCAGAGUUCCCCCCCUCCCACUCUGUUCCCUCUGCAGCCGGGCCACGCCACCACAAUGCAUAACAUAGUUUUGAUGCUUAUUUAUAUUCCUUUUGUAUAGGCUAAAGUGUUGUUUGCAGCUGGAAUGCCGGGCGUAAAAGUAAUCUAAAAGUAUCUACUUAAGUCAUUGUGCAAUGUACGGACGCAUGUGACACUGUGGAAGUCAUUUGGGGGAAAUUGUUUUAUGAUGUUGCAGUUGCAUGCUGGGAGACUUUACAGUCUGGGUGUUAUCUGUAUAGAAGCGCAGAAGGAGGUCACAGUCGGCCCAUAAAGACUCCGAGCUGCGGACCGAUCGGGUGGGAGAGACGUAGAAGAUGUUGCCCUGGAGAAGCUCAGCCCUCGCUCUGCUGCUGGCUCUGCACUUUGUUGCCGGCUCCUGCGCCCCGAUAUGCCAGACUCCUGAAAGGUCAUGUGACUUUGUGUGCGACUGUGACGACUGCGUCGAUGAGCAAGACUGUGGCUACAGCGGCAGAGGCUUCACGUGUGACUUUGAGGCAGCGGGGAUGUGUGGGUGGGCUGACCAGUCCUUGAAUGCGCCAGUGUACGGCUGGCAGAGACGUCAGCGCGAAGGGAACAACGCGCUGCCCGACAGCGGGCCGACCUCCGACUACUCCACCGGGACGGCUGCAGGUUGGUUCAUGGGGGUGAGCGCGCUGGCGUCAGGGUCUCUCAGCACUGCCGUUUUAAUCUCCCCAGAGAUGAAGCAGUCCUCGCCAACGUGUCGCCUUCGUCUCAGAUACUUCCUGUGGGACUCAGGUCACGUGGGUCUGGGCUCCACGCCCUUGUGGGCGUCCAUCCUUCGCCACGACUAUCAAGACACCGUCGUGUGGCGUCCCGAGGCCACCAGCGUCCGGGGCUGGAGGGAGGACACUGUCUUUCUGGGCCGCGUUCCCACAGGCUUCCGGAUCCGUCUGCACUCGCGGCGCUCCGGGGGGCAACGGGGCGAUGUGGCGGUGGAUCAGCUGGAGUUCCUGGACUGCGCUCUGCCCUUGCCUCUGGAAGGUCAAGAGUGUCCCCUGGGGAUGACGCAGUGUGCGCGGGGGGGCUGCGUGGAGCAGCGACAGCUCUGUGACGGCAGCGACGACUGCGGAGACGGGACUGAUGAGAAGACCUGUGAUGGGUACAAGGUGUGUGACUUCGAGCAGGACGCUUGUAAUUGGGAUCUGCGUUCAUUUUCCAAACUUAAAUGGGGCAGAACCAAUCAGGUGAACAUCUCUGACAUGGAUCCUCUGAAGGGACCAGGCAGGGAUCACUCCAACAACAGUGCUACAGGUCACUUCCUCUAUGUCACUGUCCCUGAUGCUGGUCUGACGAGCGACUGGGCUGUGUUCCAAAGUCCCCCCCUUGAGCCCACCGACGCAGCACACCCUUGCAAGAUGGUGAUGUACACCCACCAGUUUGGGCCGAGGUCCGGCGGUCUUUCGGUACUGGUGGCAGGUAGUGAGAUCUCCCCGGUGUGGCAGAGGGGCGGAGCUCUGGGCGACGUCUGGGUGAAGGCAGAGGUGGACAUUGUCGCACACUCCAUUUUUCAAAUCUUAAUAGUGGCAGCAGUGAGGAACUUUGCUUAUGGAGGUAUUGCUGUCGAUAGCAUUGCGUUGUCUCCAGAAUGCCGCUUGUCAUCUGGAAAUGGUACCGUUCCAAGUUUCCCCAAACCUCCUAAACACCCGUGUGCUGAACCAGAGAAGAUGUGUGAUUUCCAUCCAGACUGUGCCGGAGGAGAGGAUGAAGACAAAUGUGGGGAUUUCUCCUCCUCUCAGGGCAGCUCAGGUUGGACUGACGCUAGCAUUGGGAGUCAAGGGUGGGUGCUGCACAGAAAUGAAACAACCAAAGAGGAGUACCUGUACGUAUCCGAGGCCCCGGGACAGCAGCUGACCGAGGCCCAGACACGGACCCCCCUCCUGGGCCCCUCGGGCCCUGCCUGCAACCUGAGCUUUGAUUUUGCUUUAACAGGGAAUCUGGAUCACAUUGGUCAUCUGUCCGUCAGGCUGAUUGACAGCUUGCUGGGCGUCCGGCCAAAGCUGUGGGAAUUCAGUGGGACGACCGCAACGGGGGAGGGGGCGUGGCUACACGUCGACCUGCCCAUCGGUGUGAGGAGAGAUCGCUUCCAGCUGGCCUUUGAAGCUCGUGCAAUGAAACUUCCUCCUGAUGCCAAUAUUAGAGUGCAAAACGUUCGCUUUGUCAGCUGUAAUGACAAUUAUUUUCCAGCCUCUCCAACAGGGUUGUCGUGUAACUUUGAGGACGGACUGUGUGGAUGGUAUCAGGACCACAGUGCCGACUUUGACUGGGAGGUGAUGGAUGGGAUGGACCACACCAUCGGGAUCGGCCGAAGUCUCGUGGUGGACAUGUGGAGUCCUUUUCUACGCGGGGCGUUCGGACGCUUGGUUUCAUAUACACAGCUGCCAGUGGCUUCAGAUCACUGCCUGUCCUUCUUCUACAAACUCCACGGGCCAAACACAGGUACUCUGAAUGUGAAGCUGUUGUCUAGCGACGGUUAUGAGGCAGUUAUCUGGACCCGCAGUGCAGCCCAAGGCAACGUGUGGCACGAGGCGCACUGCCCGGUGCCACAUCAGCUCACAAACUUCCAGCUGCUGUUUGAAGCGGUGCGCUCUGGUUUUGACGGGCGCGUGGCCAUUGACGAUGUGGCGUUCGUGGAAGGGCCGUGCGCGGCGCCGAGGGUUUGUUCCUUUGAAGGCCAGCGGUGUGGAUACAGCAGCUCUGGCCAAGUUCGCUGGCUUCACCGCAGCGGACGCACCGCCACGCUAACCGGACCCAGGACUGACCACACCCUGGAGACGGAGCUGGGUUUCUACAUGUUGGUGAACACCGGGCAGGACUUCCUCCCGUCAGGUGGCACCUCGGUCCUCAACUCUCCAGUUCGUCAGGGAAACGCCAAGACCGAGUGCGUUCACUUCUGGUAUCACAUGGGCGGAGCUAAUCCUGGUUCUCUGACGUUGUAUAUGAAGCCGGUGAAGGGGCAAAGGGUGAAAAUCUUCUCCGACAGCCUGAACCAGGGAGAUGUCUGGCGCCAUGGCAACGGCAACAUCUCGAGUGCUCUUGUGGACUGGCAGCUGGAGUUUGAGGUGGUCGGCGCUGGAGGCAAAGACACUCACGUUGCAGUUGAUGACAUCUUCCUUUCAGCUCACCCAUGUGAAGACAGAGCUUCUAAGUGCACUCUGGAGAGAGGGAUGUGCAGCUGGAGCAACACUCAAAACGUCAACGCGGACAAACUGGACUGGGAGUUGACGAGUCGGGAGGCUGAGAGCCACUACCCCACCCCGCCCGAGGACCACAGUCUGGGCACAGAGAAAGGUCACUUCCUGUACCUCCCAAGCAGCAACCGGACGGCAGCCUAUGAAAACGCUCAGUUGCUCAGCCCUCACCUGCCCCCGACUAAGGGCACCUGCCUGAAAUUCUGGGCCUACAAGCCACACUCAUCGGACAGCCAGCUGAGGGUGUGGAGGCUGUCUCAAGGUCGUCUCCAUCAGCUGCUGGUGGUGAGUGAGCUGGGAGGGCCGUGGAAACGCUUCGACGUCAACGUGACAUCUGCUGAGGAAUACCAGAUUGUCUUUGAGGGAAUCAAAGGCACAUCAGGCGUUGUGGCUCUGGAUGACAUCGAGUACACCGACGGAGUCAACUGCGGCAACAAAGUCACAGAUGGAACCUCGCCAAAAGGAGACAUGAGCGGAGGGGUCGCUGCAGCCGUGAUCGUGGUCCUGCUGCUGAUCGGCACUUUGAUCGCCCUGCUGGUCUACUACCUGCGUACCAGACAGGUGGCCAAUGCCCCCACCGGUCCACCACCACCGGGCCCCUCAGUUGGUGGUGGCUUCAGUAAUGAUAUCUAUGAACCAGACCUCACACAGGAUCGUGUGAAUAUUCCUGUGGUGCAGAACCAUCCCAUGGCAGCUGGGUUCAAUAAUGUCCCUGUGAGUGUAGACCACUCUUAUGACAAAUAUAAUGUUGCAUUUGUAGGGUGUAAAAUGUAUCCAUGUCCACUCACAUGUACUCACAUGGAUUCCAAUAUAGAAUUGCAGUGUUGCACAGAUGUGGUUCUAUUUACAAACUACUAACUAAAGUUUAAAGUUGGCGUUCUUCUUUGGCUGGUUUAUGGACGGACUAUUGUGACAUAUCCUCACUCCCUUUUGUGUUCAUCAGGUCUCUGAUGUCAGAGAGAGGGUGGUGUGAGGUGGGAGGAGUGCACCGGUCCUGCCACCUACAGGUGGCCUUGUGAAAAUGAGGCGAUAUCACAGCAGAAGAACUGCUUGUGUCGCCUUUACACAACAUACACACACACACACACACACACACAGACAGACACACACACACACACUGACGAAGGCCAAAUCGAUGAAGCUGCCUCAGAUCUGAUGGAGCCCUCGAGGGUCACAGCUCUCUGCCUGUGGACGGACUGAUGGAAGUCAGAAGAAGAAGGUUGAUUUGGUGUCGUGGAUAGAAAUUAUUUUCAGUUUCACUAUCAUUGAAUCAGGACUGGGAACAAUGCACCAAUGGUUGCAUGGAGAUAUGUAAGAAAGUAUGGACUGGGAGCAUGGAGCUAGGAAGUUGUGUUAACCAGGCAAGGAGUGUCUGAAAGACCCUAUCAAGGUGCAUUUUGGGAGAGGUGUGUGACACUCAUUACGGAAUAGUUAAAUAUCUGCCUCAAUCUGUCUCACAAGCCUCCCAACUUCUUGGAAAGUUAUGGAGUACCAUUUUUAAAAGGGAAAGAACAAGCAAUGACUUUGGGAAAAAGGUUUAAGUGUAAUGCUGUAGUUUUGAAAAUGUUUGAGGUGGAUGUAUUCUUUUAACUUUACUCCAAGAUUGACUUCUGAUUAAUUCAUUAAAAAUGAGCAUUUAAACCUGUGUGGUGUCUGAUGAAUGAGAUACUGCAUCUGAAUCUAUCUAAAGUAUAAUUUGUAUGUGUGUAUGCCAACAAGGGCAGAAUUAUAUUAUUAUUAUUAUUAUCAUUACCAUGUCGGUGUAAAGAACCAUAAACGCAAAGCAUCAUCAUACAACCGAUGAAUGAUAAUCCAUAUGGUUACCGCGCG